CUGGGCAGCGUAGCCAUCUCGGACCUGCUCAAACUCCUGGGGCUGCGCUUCAGCCUCUGCUGCCUCUGCUGCUCUUGGCUCUAGGUUUUUGGGCAGCUGCUGUGCUGCCACCUCAAUGACUGCUGCACCUAUUCCACCAUCCUCCACAUCACUGCCCUCACCAUGGAGCCAUCUUGCAUCCCCCUCAAGGCCAAGGUGGUUGUCACCAAGGACCAGGUAAAGACCAUCAUCAGCAUCCUCCUCCCUGCCAGCUCCUUCUUCUUCCUGGUUGGCAUAGAGCAGCCCAACAACCAUGCCAACUUCAGCCACACGUGCAAGCCCACCCGGUAGGCCAUGGAGUGCAGCCUGCCAGCCACCAUGUUUUGGGCCACCACCUCCUACUUCAUUCUGCCCCUCACUUGCCUCAACAUCCUCUAUGGCUUCAUCAGCCAGGAGCUGUGGUGGAGCAAUGGCCUCCUUGUUAUUUUGUCUGUGCCCGUGGUGGUUCUGGCCUUUGCAAUUUGAUGGUUGCUUUUCCACAUUGGCGGGAUCAUAUGUAUAAAAACCCAGGACAUCAGGGUGAUGCUGUCCUCCCAGUACUUAAAUAUGUUAGCUCUGAAGCUCUUCUACCUGAGCACAUCCAUCAGCCCUAUCCUCCACAACCUCAAGGAGCUGCUGUUGCCACAGUGAGCUGCAGAAAGGACUCUCACAGUGACAAAGGACGUUGGUGGCCCCACAGAGACCAGCGCUAGCACAAAACAUGAGUACGGCAGUAGCUUCCGAGACUGCAGCCCCCGCUUUUCCAAGAGCUGCCUUCCAAGGAAGGGAACUUUCUUUUUCACAGAAACGAUGGCCCAUCAGGCCAUGUGGUAUUUUGUAACCAUCUAG